AUGGAGCCGAAGCCGAAGCCCGCGGCGCCCUCGUCCAGCUCCCCGAGGCUGUCCGGGGUGCGAGAGGCAGCGGGCGGCGGCGCCCGGGUGGAUCUGCCGGGCGCGGCGGUGCCUUCGGCGUCGGAGGAUGCUGCUGCGGCGGCGGCGGCGGCGGCGGCGGCGGGCGAAGGGCCGGGCCGCCCCCCGGGCCCGACGCCGAGCCAGAGCCGCUUCCAAGUGGACGUGGUGGCGGAGAGCGCCGGGCGGGCCGCGGCCAAGGAGCCCCCGGCCGACGCCAAGGGCGGCAGCGAGGAAGCCAAGGGGCGCUUCCGCGUCAACUUCGUGGACCCCGCGGCCGCCCCGCCGCCGGCCCCCGAGGACAGCCUGCUGCUGGAUGCGGCGCCGCCGGGCGACGGCCCCAACGUGAGCUUCCAGAAUGGCGGGGACACGGUGCUGAGCGAAGGCGGCAGCUUGCACUCGGGCGGCGGCCACCCCGCGCACCACUACUACGACACGCACACCAACACCUACUACCUGCGCACCUUCGGCCACAACACCAUGGACGCCGUGCCCAGGAUCGACCACUACCGCCACACGGUCGCCCAGCUCGGGGAGAAGCUGCUCCGGCCCAGCCUGGCCGAGCUGCACGAUGAGCUGGAAAAGGAACCCUUUGAGGAUGGCUUUGCAAAUGGGGAAGAAAGUACUCCCACCAGAGAUGCUGUGGUCACAUAUGCUGCAGAAAGUAAAGGAGUUGUGAAGUUCGGCUGGAUCAAGGGAGUAUUAGUACGUUGUAUGUUAAACAUUUGGGGUGUGAUGCUCUUCAUUAGGUUAUCAUGGAUUGUGGGUCAAGCUGGAAUAGGUUUAUCGGUUCUUGUAAUAGCCAUGGCUACUGUUGUAACAACUAUUACAGGAUUAUCCACAUCAGCAAUAGCUACUAAUGGAUUUGUACGAGGAGGAGGAGCGUAUUAUCUCAUAUCUAGAAGUCUAGGCCCAGAAUUCGGUGGUGCAAUUGGUCUGAUCUUCGCUUUUGCCAAUGCUGUUGCAGUUGCUAUGUAUGUGGUUGGAUUUGCAGAAACUGUGGUGGAGUUGCUUAAGGAACAUUCCAUUCUUAUGAUAGAUGAAAUUAAUGAUAUUCGAAUAAUUGGAGCUAUUACAGUGGUGAUCCUGUUGGGUAUCUCAGUAGCUGGAAUGGAGUGGGAAGCAAAAGCUCAGAUCGUUCUUUUGGUGAUUCUACUAUUUGCGAUAGCUGAUUUCAUCAUAGGAACAUUUAUCCCAUUGGAGAGCAAGAAACCCAAGGGUUUCUUUAGUUAUAAAACUGAAAUAUUUUAUGAGAACUUUGGACCAGAUUUUCGAGGUGAAGACAAUUUCUUUUCUGUAUUUGCCAUCUUUUUCCCUGCUGCAACUGGUAUUCUGGCUGGCGCAAAUAUCUCUGGUGAUCUUGCAGAUCCUCAGUCAGCAAUACCCAAAGGGACACUCUUAGCCAUUUUAAUUACAACGGUGGUUUAUAUAGGAAUUGCAGUGUCUGUAGGUUCUUGUGUUGUUCGAGAUGCUACUGGGAAUGUUAAUGACACUAUUGUAUCAGAGCUUACAAACUGUACUACUGCAGCUUGUAGAUUAAACUUUGACUUUUCAUACUGUGACAGCAAUCGUUGUUCUUAUGGCCUAAUGAACAACUUUCAGGUAAUGAGCAUGGUGUCUGGAUUUGCACCAUUAAUUUCUGCAGGUAUCUUUUCAGCCACUCUUUCUUCUGCAUUAGCCUCUCUUGUGAGUGCUCCCAAAAUAUUUCAGGCUCUAUGUAAGGACAAUAUCUACCCAGCUUUCCAGAUGUUUGCUAAAGGAUAUGGGAAGAACAAUGAACCUCUUCGUGGCUACAUCUUAACAUUCUUAAUUGCACUUGGAUUCAUCUUGAUUGCUGAACUGAAUGUUAUUGCUCCAAUUAUCUCUAACUUCUUCCUCGCAUCAUAUGCAUUGAUCAAUUUUUCAGUAUUCCACGCAUCACUUGCAAAAUCCCCAGGAUGGCGUCCUGCAUUCAAAUAUUACAACAUGUGGAUAUCACUUCUUGGAGCAAUUCUUUGUUGUGUAGUGAUGUUUGUCAUUAAUUGGUGGGCUGCACUGCUAACUUACGUGAUAGUCUUGGGACUGUAUAUUUAUGUCACCUAUAAAAAACCAGAUGUGAACUGGGGAUCUUCAACACAAGCCCUGACAUAUCUUAAUGCACUGCAGCAUUCAAUUCGUCUUUCUGGGGUUGAAGACCACGUGAAAAAUUUUAGGCCACAGUGUAUUGUUCUGACUGGUGCUCCAAACUCACGCCCAGCUUUGCUUCAUCUUGUUCACGAUUUCACAAAAAACGUUGGUUUGAUGAUCUGUGGUCAUAUACAUAUGGGCCCUCGACGACAAGCCAUGAAAGAGAUGUCCAUUGAUCAAGCCAAGUAUCAACGAUGGCUUAUUAAGAACAAAAUGAAAGGUUUUUAUGCCCCUGUACAUGCAGAUGACUUGCGAGAAGGUGCACAGUAUUUGAUGCAGGCUGCUGGUCUUGGCCGUAUGAAGCCAAAUACACUUGUUCUUGGAUUUAAGAAAGAUUGGAAGCAAGCAGAUAUGAGGGAUGUAGAUGUGUAUAUAAACUUAUUUCAUGAUGCCUUUGACAUACAGUUUGGAGUAGUAGUUAUCCGCCUAAAAGAAGGUCUGGAUAUAUCUCAUCUUCAAGGACAAGAAGAAUUACUGUCAUCACAAGAGAAAUCUCCUGGUGUCAAAGAUGUGGUACUAAGCAUGGAGUAUAGUAAAAAAUCAGAUUUAGAUACUUCUAAGCCAUCUGGUGAAAAUAUUGUUUCACAUAAAGAUGAGGAAGAGGAUGGCAAGACUCCAACUCAACCACUGUUGAAAAAAGAAUCUAAAGGCCCUGCUAUGCCUUUAAAUGUAGCUGACCAAAAGCUUCUUGAAGCUAGUACACAAUUUCAGAAAAAACAAGGAAAGAAUACUAUUGAUGUCUGGUGGCUUUUUGAUGAUGGAGGUUUGACAUUACUGAUACCUUAUCUUCUGACUACAAAGAAAAAGUGGAAAGACUGUAAAAUCAGAGUUUUUAUUGGUGGAAAAAUAAACAGAAUAGACCAUGACCGGAGAGCGAUGGCUACUUUGCUUAGCAAGUUCCGGAUAGACUUCUCUGAUAUUAUGGUCUUAGGAGAUAUUAAUACUAAACCAAAGAAAGAAAAUAUAAUAGCUUUUGAUGAAAUGAUUGAGCCAUACAGACUUCAUGAAGAUGAUAAAGAGCAAGACAUUGCAGAUAAAAUGAAAGAAGAUGAACCAUGGAGAAUAACAGAUAAUGAACUUGAACUUUAUAAGACCAAGACAUACCGGCAGAUCAGGCUAAAUGAAUUAUUAAAGGAGCAUUCUAAUACCGCUAAUAUCAUAGUCAUGAGUCUCCCAGUUGCACGAAAGGGUGCUGUGUCAAGUGCACUCUAUAUGGCCUGGUUAGAAGUUUUAUCUAAAGACCUACCACCAAUUCUCCUAGUCCGUGGAAAUCAUCAGAGUGUCCUUACCUUCUAUUCUUAAUCAUUCUACACAGUGGACAGCCCUUCAGAUGGUACUUCAGUACCUCAUGGUGAAGUAACUGAAUCUUCAACGACACAUUAACAUCACAAUGGCGAACUGUGACUCUUCUUCCCAUUACUCAUUUGAAAGCACACUGGGAGUUCUAUUGAUGUGUUGAGACUGCAGUUUCUGUCAAUUCCAUAUCAGUCUUACAGGAUGAUUUCUUAUCUUUGUACAAAAGCUCAUGAGAGUAAAGAUUUUCUCUGCUACUUGAACAGCAAUAAAAGUGUGUUAUUUUUAUUUGUUGAAAGGAGUACAAAAAGCCUUUAGCCUUGAGGUGCCUUCUGAAAUUAACCAAAUUUCAUCCAUAUAUCUUCUUUUAUAAAUUUUUAGAAUGUCAAAUUUUGCCUUUGACCAUUUUUAUUUCUAGUCUCUUCCAUCGGCCAAUUAGUGUUGAAUACUGUACUUUUUUUUAUUACUAUAAAGAUGUCUGUUAGAUAUUAAAGGUAAGAAUUUAGAGCAAGUCAAUGAAAACGACAGAAAAAGACUCCAAGGGUAGGUUAGAUAAGUAUGUAGACCUAAGGGGAAAAGAUUCAAUACAAUAAGCCCCUUAAAAUUUUUAACUUCAGAUUUGGCUGUUUUUACUUUUAUCAUCAUCAUUUCUUUAAACCUGAGGUAAGGUUGGAGAUUUAUGUAAUAGUUCUAUAUAUCUUGCUGGAGAAGCAUACUGACAUUCUUUAAACACAAAUUUCCAAAUUAUUUUAUUUAAUAGGAGAGAUCUGUGUUUAAAAAUCCCUCAGAUUGAGGAAAACUCCAGGAAAUGCUAAAAGAUUUUCUGUAGGAAAAUUUGAUAUCAAUGCUAUUUAACAUACUGUUUCAAUAAACACUAAUGGAAUUUCACUAUACUGUGCAUCCUUUAUAAAUCGUUAAAAUAUUUAAUGUUUCAUCACAUGGUUAAAUGGAACAUUGAUUUCUUAAUGAGAUAUUUCUGGGCUUCAUUCAAUUUGUCAAGUAUUUACUAUUCUCAGGAUUGAACAUAUUCUAAAUAUUUAAAUUUCAUUCUUUAUACUUUAAAAACUUACAUGUUAAGAAAAACUGCCAGUUUAUGCUUGGAAAUGUCUAUUUUGACAUAGUCUAUAGUACGAUUUUGAUAGUGCGCAUGCACUGUUAGCUAAAAGCUUUAUAUACAGUGAUUAAUGUGAAGUUUUUCAUUUUUUUAUUCAAGGAAGGAUUUCCUAAAAACAUUUCAAGGGAUAUAUAUCUACAUAGCUGUAUGUGUAUACGCAUAUACAGAUACAUAUGUGUUAUGACUUAAGUUGUAUUUUUGCACUUGAAAGAGAUUGAUAUUCAUUCGAUUAAAGUUUUGUUUCUAUAAACUUAAGUUCAAAAUUUAACAGAAGCAUAUUUCUUAAGAGAGAACGAAGGGAAGGCAUCUAACUAUACAGUUUUCAUUCAAUUAAGUGGAGACUUUCCUCCUAAGUACUCUCUUGUGGAUUCAUUGGUAUGAGUGGUCGAGAAAUUUGCAGUUUUUCAUGAAACCUGAUAAAAAGCUUAGAUUACUGCUUUUGUUAAUAGUGCAGUAUUUUUUCUGCAUGAAUAUGAAGUUAAAAUAAAAAUGGAAGUAUGGUCAUUUUGAAUUAAAAAAAAUUGUUUUUUCCAAAUUUUCCCCACAUUUUAGCUCACAGCAUUGUUCCAUUUACUAAAGGCUUUGAAAUUUGAGAGGGAAAGAGUAGAAAUUUUCUUUUGUUCAGUAAACAAUGUUUGACCUUUUUACGUGGAUAAUAAGGCAUGAACUGAGUGCUGCUAUCUUGAAAUGUUCACAGGUACACUUGUUUUGUUUUCUUUUUUAAAUUCCACAUUUUUCCCGUUUAGGAAAACAUUGUGUGAUCUGUAUUGCAGGAACCAAAUGUCAUGCAUCAUACAUAUGUGUAUAAAAUAAAUAAACUAUACCUAAAUAUGCAUAAUAUGGGGGGAGGGUAAAACUGUGAAAUAAUGUAUGAUGCUGUUCACUUUUUUAAAAUUGCAUUUACUUUCACUUAACACUAGAUACCAGGUCAAAAAUUUUAAUUUUGUGGUAGUGCUCUAAUAAAUUUCAAAAUCCUUAGAAAUACUAGCUAGUGUUCAAGCUCUCCUCUUAUUUAUGCUGAAUUUGAUUAUUUCAAUGCCAAAAUGUUUUAGUCCUAAUCAUUGGAAAUAAAUAUUUAUGCAAUGGUAUUUGACAGUUUAUUAUUUCUAUAGGCAAAAAGUUAGUGGGUUUAGAAAGAAUGAUGGUGUUAAACUGAUUAUUAACAGUUAAUUAAAUCAGAUAUUUAUUUGUUACAUUAUCUCCUUUGUAUUUUAGGUUUCCUUUGAUGCCUUUUUUUAUGCUUUCUGACAUUACCUAUUUUUAAAGACUAUGGAAAUAAUUUAAAGAUUUGAACUCUGGUGGAUGUUUAUCUACUAAGUGUGAAAAUGUAAUAUUUUGAUAAUACUGUACUAUAAUUGUCACAAAGAUGCUUUUCUAAUGUUUUAAUGUUUAAGUAUUGCAGUUGCUGCUUUGUACAGAGGUUACUGCAAUAAAGAAGUAGAUUCUUUAAAACUA